AUGCAAAGCCCACAACUGGAAGUAGGCUUCCUUAGGUCAGAGGGGGCCGAGAUCGAUUCUGCUUUUGGCGUUUCCUCGGAACUGAAUUUUCAGCGAACAGCGUUCCACCCGAAAGAACCGAUAUACCAACUUGACAGCGCAUUGAAGCAUUAUAGAACCCUUGAGAUCGACUCUGGCAUCGCUUUUGAUACGGAAAAGUGCACGUGGGACGAUGUGUUCAGGCUGCUUUCCGAGGCUAAGAGCCAGUAUCAAGCCAAAGAGAAGGGCUUCCGGGGAGCUUUUGUUAGCAUGGCACGAAAGGCUGGAGAUCAUGCGGAUGCCAUUAGUCCAGCAUUCCAGUUGAUACCAGAUCAGUAUGGUCUGGGGGUUUUACGAGCAUCUUUGUGCUGGAUGUUUGUUCUCCUGAAGACGGCAGCAAAGAAACGUAUGAAAAUUCUGAACGCGUUUGAAGAUAUACCAAGAAUCAUCACCGUCGCUGAAUUGAAGAGGACUCAUUUUCCACAUGACAUGAACAAAAUAGUGGCCAAGAUCUUCCCAAUCUUCUCAAAAGUGCCGUCGGGAGAAGAUGUGGAUGUUAUGAUCGAGAAGGUUGAAAAUGCAGUCUUGCGUAUGAAAGAGCGCUCAGAUAUUUUGUCGGAGGCCAUCCUAGUUGAUAUGCACGAGAAAAAUGAGAAACAGCACGAAAAGGUCCAAGCUGCGCUAAACAUGAACCGUGCCACAGCGGCAUCGACGUCCGCAGGUCUUCAUGCCGUCAGCCGACAGGUCUCACAGAUUGAGGAUACUGUACAGCCCAUGCCACAAAAGAUGGAACUGCUGCAGAGCAGUAUGGACGAGCUCAGAGAGGAUAUUGCUACGAGAGAGCGAGCCAUCAUCAAUGGCAUCUCAGCAAUGGCUAAUCGCGGUGCUCUGGACGCGCAGAACUGGAUGUUGGGGAUGCUCACUGAGCUCAGACUGAGCUUCGAGACGAAGCUGAACGCCGUGGAGCAGAAACAAGACAGGCUGUUGCUGGGUGCGGCGCAGCUGCUAGACCUGGAGAACCGCAGAUCACGAACUCCCGGACUGCUUCAAUCGGCCCAGCAGCCGCUUCUUGGACCUAAGGAGCUUUUGGCAGUUUUGGCAGUUCCUUUCGAGGCAACUUCACGAGACUUGGAAUAUGUCGUUCGUCAGGGUCUCCAUUUAAAUCCAUCUGAACAAGGUCAAGCCCAGUGGCUUAUGAAGAUGGACCGCUUCUGGACGUGGUUUUCAUCCACGGAUUCUGACAUGUUAUUUGCUGAUGGGGGUCUUAUGGACCCUUCUCAGCAUCAGCUCAGAAUCUCCAGCUUAUCCGUCGUGUGUGCGACCAUCGCGGCAACUAUUGCACAUACAAAUUCGGAUGCCAUCGCUCUACAUUAUUUCUGCGCCCAGCACGUGUCCUCGAACGACACAAUGAGCGGACCGCAAGGACUCAUGAGAUGUCUUACUGCUAGGCUACUUGUGGAGUUGCAAGGUAAGUACGGCGCUCUCCCCAACCUCGACUUCCUGGACGCCAUCUCGAUUCAAAACCUCCAGCAUCACGAUGUGGGACAGCUCUGCGACCUCUUCUGCAGUCUACUGAUGCAGAUCCACCCAAAUGCUACGGUCUACUGCAUAAUAGACGGUAUAUGCUGGUUUGAAAGGCUGGAAAUGCUAGAGGAUUUGUUUAAAGUUAUGCAGAGCAUCUGUGGCAUGGUCGAUGAUCCGGGCCGAAGGGUUACGCUGAAGGUCUUGCUCACGAGUCCCUUUAGGUCGAGGCAUAUUGCCCAAGGCGUACCCAUGCACAGGAGGAUUAUAUUGCAGGCUGAUUCGCCCUUGCUUGCUGGUACACUACAGACGAUGCCUUUUGGAGGUUCUGACUUGGGCCUUAUGGUCCAACAACAGAGGCACCGCACCCGGUUUCAGGAAGAGGAAUGGACGAUUGAGGACUAUAAAUAG